UUUCACCUCGCUCGACCCCUCAGCUCACUUGUCCUCUACAUGGACUUCGUGUUUCAAACUUACCUUCCAGCCGCGGUGUCGACAUGGACACUGUCAUUUCGUAGCUGCAGGCUCUGCCGUGCUGUCGGGGUUUAUGUAUGGCCGGAGCUUGCUGCAAGUGUCCAGUCUCCCUGUCCGUGUUCAAGCGCUCUCUCUCGGUGGCGCCGCGGGGCUGCGCGUCCGCUCCACGGUCCCUCCUGCCGGGCUGGAGGCUAGGGGAGCGGGGCCUUCAGGAGGCCGCGCGACCCUCCAGUGCCUUCAGACCCGCAUGCUUUUACCGACACUCGGUCUUCUUCUGUCUCUCCUGCCAGGAGUCCAUGAGUGAGAGUCUGCGGACAUGCUACCUGUACUUGAACCAAACCAGCCGGAGUUUUGCAGCCGUGAUUCAGGCGCUGGACGGGGAACUGAGACAUGCAGUUUGUAUUUUCUACUUGGUGCUGCGAGCGCUGGACACAGUGGAGGACGACAUGAGUAUCCCUCUGGACAAAAAAGUUCCCAUGCUGAAUGAUUUCCACACCUACCUGUACCAGGAUGAGUGGUGCUUCACUGAGAGCCAGGAGAAAGACCGGCAGGUCCUGGAGGAUUUCCCUACGAUAUCACUGGAAUUCAGAAACCUCGCUCAGGAAUACAGAGACGUUAUCUCAGAUAUCUGCCACCGCAUGGGAGAGGGAAUGGCUGAAUUCCUGGAGAAGAAAGUGGGAUCCAUGAAGGAGUGGGACCAGUAUUGCCACUAUGUGGCAGGGCUGGUUGGCAUCGGUCUGUCUCAGCUCUUCUCUGCGUCCCAGCUGGAGGACCCUGAGGUGGGCCGGGACACAGAGCUGGCCAAUUCCAUGGGCCUGUUCCUCCAGAAGACCAACAUCAUCCGAGACUAUCUGGAGGACACGCAAGAGGGACGUGCCUUCUGGCCACAAGAGGCUUGGAGUCAGUUUGCAGGUCGUCUUGAGGACUUAGCCCAGCCGGAGAAGCUGGAGUCGGCUCUGUCCUGUCUCAACCUGCUGGUCACUGAUGCUCUGCGACACGUCCCAGAUGUUAUCGCCUACCUGUCCCGCCUGCGCAACCAGAGCGUCUUCAACUUCUGUGCUAUUCCACAGGUGAUGGCAAUAGCUACACUCUCAAAGUGCUACAACAACCCCAUGGUGUUCCAGGGAGUAGUGAAGAUCAGAAAGGGGCAGGCUGUCACCCUCAUGAUGGAGGCCACCAACAUGCAAGCAGUGCAGACCAUCAUCACCCAGUACAGCCAGGAGAUUUUACAGAAGGUCUCCCUCACUGACCCGUCGCGGGACAAGACCCUGCACAUCCUGGCUGUAAUCCGAGAGAAGUCCACGCUGUCACAGUCCAGCCUCCCCUCCAGGACCCACCACCUGUCGCCCAUGUACCUGUCUGCUGCCAUGCUGCUAGCCGCUCUCAGCUGGCAGUACCUCAGCACUACUGCGGCACAGGCGCAGGGCACCGGCGACAUGCAGGGACAGUGAACCCCUUCCCCCUCACUUUUCCUGGGGGCUACAGACUAAGAACGCCCCUCUGCUCACUCUGGAGGUCUGGAUCUCCUCUCACCAGAGGAUUCUGGAGCACUUCUACCCCACUUUGCCCUCUUUGUUAUGGCUGUUACAGAACCAUGGACAUAUUUAUAUAGAGGGGUUCUGGUAGCAGGCUGGUCUCAUUAGGUUGUGUGGUAGUGAUUUGUGGUAGUCCAUCCUGCGUCUGGAUUUGUUAAUUACACACAGUGUUGUGUGGUUAUAUUCACCAGCAUUAAUGGCACAUUGAAACAAUUCAGGGUGUUUUAUUGUCAUUUGGUGUUUAUGCUGAUCAUGUGUUUCUUCCUUUUUUGUUUGAUUUGUUUGAAACAUUUUGACCUAUUAUUGAUUUUGAAAUUAUUGAGCAGAUUUAAAUAUGUCAAGACAGAAAUUCAUAAAUUAAAGUUCCCUGUUAAGUGGUCUGAAAUGUUUAAAUGCACAAACCAUGACACUGUCCAUUUUAGGAUUUCAAGGAACAGUCACCAAACUUUAGUUUUUCUUUUAAUUUUUUCUCAAAUCUAAGUUUUCUUAUUUUUCAUGUCAAAUCAAAGCUAGCUUAAUGUUCCACUUGUUAUGUUUCUAUAGGAGAAACACUAUAAGAACUGUUACAGUGGUGCACUUGCAUCUGCACUGUAUAUAUGUGCUAUGUAGAUGUGCAUAGCAUCCCCUCACAGCAGAGCUUUAUUUUAACACUCAUUCUUGUCUUGGUUCAUUCAACGUUUCAACUCUAUGUACUUUGAAAUAGGAGAAAAAGAACAGUGCAAUUCCAAUGUAGUUUUGAAAUGAAUAAGGAAGAACAAAGACUUAUUGAACAAAUGUAAUUUCUGAUACAUUUGAUAUGAGAGAGAGAUCCAUAUUGAGACUGCUAGCUAAAGUGUCCUUAACACAGCUUUGGUGAGUAGAAAGGCUAGCACAGAGUAACCUUGCACAGAACCAAAGGAGAGCUACAAACAUUGCUAUGUAAUGUGAAAUUUUGAUUUGUACAUAUUUGAACUAAUAAAGAGGUGAAAUUA